GGUGGGCGGGGCCUAGGCGCUCUGGGGCCUCUGGUGGAGACCGUGUUUCUACUGGGAGGCCGUCGUCAUGGUGGCGCUCUUGGUAUACUUAGCGGCAGCGGCUCUGCUUGUGUGCUUUAUCUUCUUCCUAACUCGCAACCGGAGCCGGGAGGCAGAAGCUGGCCAAGAGCCACUGCGUAAUGAGGAAGAGCCAGUAGUAGCAGGCCGGGUGGCCCAGCCUCGGCCCCUGGAGCCUGAAGAGCAGAGAGCUGGAGGCAGGGCUCGGCACCGGAGGGACCUAGGCAGCCGCCUACAGGCCCAGCGGCGAGCCCAGCGAGUGGCCUGGGCAGAAGCAGAUGAGAAUGAGGAUGAAGCUGUCAUCCCAGCCCAGGAGGAAGAAGACAUGGAAAAGCCAGUAGAAACUCACCUGUCAGGGAAAAUUGGAGCCAAGAAACUACGGAAGCUGGAGGAGAAACAAGCACGAAAAGCCCAGCGUGAGGCAGAGGAAGCUGAACGUGAGGAACGGAAACGCCUGGAGUCCCAGCGUGAAGCAGAGUGGAAAAAGGAGGAGGAGCGGCUUCGCCUGGAAGAGGAGCAGAAGGAGGAGGCAGAGAGGAAGGCCCGGGAGGAGCAAGCACAGCGGGAGCAUGAGGAAUACCUGAAACUGAAGGAGGCCUUCGUGGUAGAGGAGGAGGGCGUGGGUGAGACCAUGACUGAGGAGCAGUCCCACAGCUUCCUGGCAGAGUUCAUCAACUACAUCAAGCAGUCCAAGGUUGUGCUCUUGGAAGAUCUGGCUUCCCAGGUGGGCCUGCGGACUCAGGAUACCAUAAACCGCAUCCAGGACCUGUUGGCUGAAGGGACUUUAACAGGUGUGAUUGAUGACCGGGGCAAGUUCAUCUACAUAACACCAGAGGAACUGGCUGCUGUGGCCAACUUCAUCCGACAGCGGGGCCGUGUGACCAUUGCCGAGCUUGCCCAGGCCAGCAACUCCCUCAUCGCCUGGGGCCGGGAGUCCCCUACUCAGGCCCCAGCCUGACCCCAGCCUGACCCCAGCCUUUCCCUCUUGGACUUAGAGCUUCUUUGGCCCUCCUGGCCAUGCAUCUUCAUCCCUGCCCACGUCCUGGGGCAGUGAUGGAGUGUGGCCAGGCAGGUAUAGAUUAAAGGCCUGUGAGCACUGUUGA